AUGAUGUUUGAUUGGCAAGUCAGGAAAGCCACAAGCUCAAUCUCGCUGAAUGUACCACCAGGAAGCCUGGUGGCAUCAGACUUCUUCCAGUCACCAGCUUUGAGCGAUGUGGCAAAUUUGUCAGCACAGAGCGAUGCGCACCUUCACCAGAGACUGAAGCCAAAAGGCAACAGUCGUUCCAGUGGCACCCGUUAUCCAGAUACAAUUACAAAGCAGCAAUAUUAUCUGAAUGCACAAGGAACAUUUAAUGACACCAUCUCGCCCUCCUUCACGGUCCCCAUUCAUAUACGGACAAUUCCACAAAUACCCAAUCUUACCAUAUUAACCCAGACCAUGACGCCAUCCAAGAGACUGGUCGUAGUGCUGGAGCUAUCCGAAGCAAACUUCGAUGAUGAGGAUGCCUUGCGUCGAGCUCUACAUGGAGCCGACGCGAUAUUCUGCCUCACAAAUUUCUUCGACCAAAAUUCGGUAGACUCUGAGCUGUACCGCGGGCUCAACAUUGCAAAAGUCGCCUCGGAGAUUCCAGAGCUGGAGAAUUUUGUAUUCAGUGCCCUCCCAGAUGCGCGAGACUUGUUCGGGGGGGAAUAUCAGCGUAAUCUGCCGUACAAUGCGAAGUCGUAUAUCAAGGAAGGGAUUCAAAAAGGAUUCCCAGAACUGUGGAAGAAAACAACCGUACUCUAUGUGGCGUACUAUCAUCAAAACUGGCUGAAGUACGCGGCACAACCGGAUGGGUCUUUCAUUCUCAGAAUGCCGCACCCUGGUAGCGACCCGGUUUCCAUGGCUUCGUCCCUCGAUACCGGCGCAGUUGUUGAUGCCAUACUGAGGGCUGAAUCGAAGUACCACGGCCAUACCGUAGCACUGGUUGCUGAGCGCCUGUCCGAUGAAAAGAAACUUGCCAUUUGGGCUGAAGCGUUGGGUGUCAAAGCUGUAUACCAGCAGGUCACGCCAGCCGAGUACAAGAAGGGCCUGCAAGCUGCCGGCGUUCCAGUAGCACUUGCUCACGGGUUGACAGAACUGGCUGAAGUAAUUGCUCGCAAGGAAGAUUAUGUUCAAGCCCCAGGUGUUAUCAGGGGGGAAGAUAUUAUCGAGAGGAACUACAAGCUGAAAACUUGGCAGCAGUACGUGAAAGAGGAAGACUGGUCCUCUUUACUGUAG